GGGAGAGCUGAAUCUGGCGCAAAGAAGGAAACCCGAUUGCAGCGUGGGGCAGGCGGGAGGGUUCUUAAAUUUUCACAGAUUUUUCGGUUGCGUUGAACUUUUUUUUCGUUCCCGCCAAGCCACGCCUCUAGCCCCACCCUCUUCCCACAUCCAGUUAGAGAAGUGAGGGGCCAACCUGGGAGAUAAGCUUAUCAGCCCCACCUCGUGACAAAACACGUGACAGGAGUGGUUGCAGAGGUGGGAGGACCCUGGCCAACGGGGGCGCUAAACUGACAAGAGGGUGGGUGGUUUUGGGCGAGCGCCCGCCCGCCGCCCUCCAACACUGAUGAAUUUGCGACUGACGAUUUAACAAACCUCUUCGAACCACGACGCCACUACCGCACACACCCUGACCUUUGCCUGGAGCAAAGUCAAGCUUUCCUUCCUCACCUGCCAUUAGAAAGAGCUACCUGCACCUGCCCCCGGCGGUUAAUUGAGCUUUUUUCCCACCACCCAAACCGACAGGAGAACCCGAGUCGCAUCUCUGCGAAUCCCUCCCACUCAAAAAACCCAACGCCAAAAACGAGCGAACUGCGGGACGCAAUCUUUGUUGCCCUGUGGACCCCUCUACCCAACUCCAAACCUCAUCUCCCCAUUUCCCGACACGGCAGUGUUUCGCAUUCGACAAGUCGCCGCUCCACACACACACACAAACCUCACCAUGUCCGACCAGGUCGAUCUUACCACCAUCCCCAUCUCCCCCGAUGGAGGUAACAAGCCCGAGGGCGCCUCCUCCGAGGACAACGACAAGACCGUCACCGUUUUCCACGACAAGGACAACUUCAAUGUCAAGCAUCCCCUUUCCAACAGGUGGACACUCUGGUUCACCAAGCCUGCCAGCGGAAAGGGCGACAACUGGAACGAUUUGCUCAAGGAAGUGAUUACCUUUGAGUCUGUUGAAGAGUUUUGGGGUGUCUACAACAACAUCGCUCCUGUUUCCGAGCUUGCGCUCAAGUCUGAUUACCACCUCUUCAAGGAGGGUGUGCGACCCGAGUGGGAGGACCCCCAGAACAAGCAUGGUGGCAAGUGGUCGUACCAGUUCAAGGAGAAGAGAAACAUCAGCAUCGACGACCUUUGGCUGCACACCAUGCUCGCCGCCAUUGGCGAGACCCUGGAGAACGAGGAGGACGGCGAGGUCAUGGGCGUUGUUGUCAACGUGCGCAAGGCCUUCUUCAGAAUCGGUGUCUGGACCCGCACCACCGGGAGACACGUGCCGGGCCGCGGUGACGGUGACGUUGCCGGCGGCAAGGGCCGCUCCCCUGAGAAGGGCAAAGAGAUUCUGAUGACGAUUGGCAAGCGGUUCAAGGAGGUCCUCAGACUGCCUGCCACCGAGCAGCUCGAAUUCUCUGGUCACACCGACAGUGCUCACAGUGGUAGCACUCGUGCCAAGGCGAAGUUCGUGGUGUAAGUUUUUGGGGAUGGUUAAUUGCUAGAAUAUGUUUAAGCAUGCAUACGCCCUGACAUUGGCUCUCUUAUCCGAGAGCAUAUCGUAUCAGCCUGGCUUUAUUGGCAGGAUGGGGAUAAGAAAUAGACAUGAUGAGACGACAAAUGGGCGGAUCUCUUUCAUUCCUUUGCGAAAAGUUGGUCAUUUCAUUUUACGUCGAGGGUGCACGGGGGGAACGGCUCUCAGGACUGCUCAUGAUUUAUUCAAUACUAGGACGUUAUCUGCGAUUUUGCAAGGCGUUUUCACAGUCGGGGGUCAAUAUAUGUUAGCUUUUAGAGUCAAUAUUAUGCAAUCUUGCUGCUAUUGCUGCUCAUUUUGCGUAGCCGCAACCGGUGAUGACAAAGAGA